AUGGUGUCCUUUGUUGGGUACAAUCAAGAUGAUGAUGAAGAACCCACUCUCAAGUUUGUAACUAGUGUUGGUGACUAUGUUAUUGAACAAGUACUAAAUAUUUCUGAAAUGAAGCAACAUCAUAAGGAUCUUCCUUACUUUUUACAACUCUCCCAUUGUAAUGGCAUUAUUCAUAUAUUUGGUCUCCAUGAUGAUUCAACUGUUUUUUAUAAUCCAACACUUAAAAAGUUUAAGUUACUUCGAGGACCCAUUUGUUUUCCACCUAAUUUUGUAGAAGUUGUUGGAAGUGGAUUUGGGUAUGAUUCUAAAUCUAAUGUUUACAAAUGUGUUAAGAUCUUUUGUAACAAAGAUUGUCGAGACCUCAUAGCUAUGGUCCAUACUCUAGGAACUAAUAAUUGGAGAGAAGUUAAGAUUGAAAGAGAGAUAAUAGAAUCUAUCCCAAAUUUAAAUAAUAGUCAUUUGAGAGGCUUGGGAUCAAUAUAUGUUAAGGAUGCUUUGUAUUGGUGUUGUUACUCUUAUUCAACACAAAAAGGUUUACUUCUUUCUUUCAAUAUGUCCAAUGAGGUAUUUUGUAGUAUACAAAUUCCUCAUCACGUGGUGGAGCAAUUAGAUUGUAGAAGAAAAUUGAUGUUGGUAGAGUGGAAUGGAUCAGUUGGGCUUUUUUUUGGGGUCAAGGAGCCUAAUAAUUCUGACUAUAUGUAUAUUUUGUACGAGUUAUGGGUGAUUGAGUCUACUACCAAUUGGUUUAAGAUUCUUAAAAUUGGGCCACUACAACGGUUUUAUUGGCCUAUUACAUUUUGGAAAAAUGGUGAGCUCUUAAUGAAUAAUUAUAACAAUCUUUAUAAAGAUGAAGAUUACAGAAUAAUAGCAUCAUACAAUGUUUAUACAAAGCAACUUAAGAAGAUGGUAUAUGGUGUUAGAAGCAAAUUUUUCUUUACUUGUGUUACUCCAUAUUUGAACACUCUUGUUUCAGUCUAG